AUGAGAAGCCCGAAAGGAGAAGGCGGCGUGAAGAGGGGCCCGUGGACGGCGGAGGAGGACGAGAUACUGGCGGGAUACAUAAUGAAGGAGGGAGAGGGGCGGUGGCGGACGCUGCCAAGCAAGGCGGGGCUACGGCGGUGCGGGAAGAGCUGCCGCCUCCGGUGGAUGAACUAUCUCCGGCCCUCCGUCAAGCGCGGCCACAUCACCCCCGAUGAGGAAGAUCUCAUUCUCCGCCUUCACCGUCUAUUAGGCAACCGAUGGUCUUUAAUAGCUGGACGAAUUCCGGGCCGUACGGACAAUGAGAUAAAGAACUAUUGGAACACUCAUCUGAGCAAGAAAUUGGUGAGCCGAGGGAUCGACCCCAAAACUCACAAGCCUCUACUGAGUAACAAACAAAAUGACAGCCAGUUAUUGAAAGAAAAUGGGAUUAGCGUUGAACACGGAGAUACUGGAUUAAUCAUGAGUAGCGACGAUUGUGAAUCGAGUCAUCAUAAAAAUGGCAUAUUGAAGCUGGAAAAGAAUUCGACAAGUGUUGAUGAAGGGAAAUUAGUAAUGAAUGUUAAUGAUGAAGAUGGAGCUGAUUGUGAUGAUGGCAUGAUAAAUAAUUGUUGCCCGGAUGACGCAUUUUCGUCCUUCUUGAAUUCGCUCAUUAACGAUGAGAUGUUCAUUAAUAUUCAGCAUCAUGAUGAUCAGCAAAGCAGCUGCCUCAUUUGA